GUUUACAAAAGAUACUGCCAGGUUCAAGGAUGAAUUAGAUAUUAUGAAGUUCAUUUGCAAAGAUUUUUGGACAACUGUAUUCAAAAAGCAAAUAGAUAACCUAAGGACUAAUCAUCAGGGUAUUUAUGUCCUUCAAGACAAUAAAUUUCGCCUCUUGACACAAAUGUCUGCAGGAAAACAGUAUUUAGAACAUGCACCAAAGUAUUUAGCAUUUACCUGUGGACUAAUCAGAGGAGGCCUAUUGAAUUUGGGAAUAAAGAGUAUUGUAACAGCUGAAGUUUCAUCAAUGCCUGCAUGUAAAUUUCAGGUGAUGAUACAGAAGAUGUAGAGCAGAUUCAAAUCUGGGUAUCUAUGUUAAAAAUCCUUUGUGUGUGGAUUGAGUAUCUUGGUUCAGCUUUGUAUGUAGCUUGUAAAUUAUAGCAUUGUGCAGCACAAUUCAAAAUAUGUAAUAAAUAUUCAUCAAAAUAA